AGCUACGUAAGUGAACCAAUCAUCUUGCCCGGGCGGUGUGGGCUGGAGGCGAACUAGGAUUGCAGGAUGCGGGCGGGGUGAGUGCAUAUGAACAAAUGUAGCCUAAUCAAGCAUCGACCAUAAACUCAGUCACAGUAAUAUCCUCAGGUUCUUUGAGGGUAAGGUCAAAUCAUCAUGGCUGCUACCUCCCAGGUGUUCAGGGUCAUCCAUGGCUGGAGAUUUGGUCAAAUCCUAGUGCCAGCCAUAACAUGCCAAAACUGCAGUCUGUCUCCUCAUCUCUGCACUAAUGCAACUCAGCCACAUAGCUUUGUUCAAAGAUGGCGGCACCAGUCACGGGGAUACAGGACAUCACCUCCAUGGCACACAUACUACCUGACCCCGCCUCAGGUUAACAGCAUCCUAAAGGCUAAUGAGUACAACUUCAAAGUUCCUGAGUUUGAUGGCAAGAACCUUAGUUCAAUCAUGGGCUUUGACAGCAACCAACUACCGGCAAACGCACCCAUUGAGGAUCGGAGAAGUGCGGCAACGUGCUUGCAGACACGCGGCAUGCUUUACGGAGUAUUCGAUGGCCACGCGGGCUGCGCUUGUGCUCAGGCGCUCAGCGAGCGGCUCUUCUACUACAUUGCCGUUUCGUUGCUGCCGCAUGAGACGUUGAUGGAGCUGGAGAACGCGGUGGAGAGCGGACGACCUCUUCAACCGAUUCUGCAGUGGCACAAGCACCCCAACGACUACUUCAGCAAAGAAGCCUCAAAGCUCUACUUUUCCAGUUUGCGCACGUACUGGCAGGAACUUCUGGACCUGAGCGUUCCUGGGGAGCAACCUGAUGUUGCCGAAGCUCUCGUGAGUGCCUUUAAAAGGUUGGACAAUGACAUAUCCCUUGAAGCGCAGGUUGGCGACCCAAAUGCGUUCUUGCACUACUGGGUGCUUCGUGUGGCAUUCUCAGGUGCUACGGCAUGCGUUGCACACAUUGAUGGUAAUGAGCUGCACGUCGCCAACACGGGGGAUGGCCGUGCUGUCCUGGGCGUACAAGAACCCGAUGGCUCUUUUUCUGCUUUGACGCUCACCAAUGACCACAAUGCGCAGAACGAAUCUGAGGUGCAGCGCGUGAAAUCCGAGCACCCGCUUUCCGAGGCUAAGACUGUGGUGAAGCAGGAUCGUCUCUUGGGGUUACUCAUGCCAUUUCGCGCCUUCGGAGACGUUAAAUUCAAGUGGAGCAUCGAGCUGCAGCGCCGUGUUCUUGAGUCCGGACCGGACCAGCUCCAUGAGAAUGAGCAUGCUAAGUUCAUCCCACCCAACUACCACACGCCGCCCUACCUUACGGCGGCACCGGAGGUGACACGACACCGCCUUCGUCCGCAGGAUCGUUUCCUGGUGCUGGGCUCGGACGGGCUGUGGGAAACGUUACACAGGCAGGAGGUGGUGAGGAUUGUGGGGGAACAUCUCACUGGAGUGCACCAGCAGCAGCCAGUCAGUGUUGGUGGUUUUAAGGUGACCUUGGGUCAGAUGCAGGGAUUGUUGCAGGAGAGGAAGGCUCGCAUCUCCUCCACCUUUGAGGACCAGAAUGCAGCUACACAUCUGAUUCGGCACGCGGUGGGGAAUAAUGAGUUUGGAUUGGUGGACCACGAGAGGUUGUCAAAGAUGUUAAGCUUGCCAGAGGAAUUAGCUCGCAUGUACAGGGAUGAUAUCACUAUCAUUAUAGUGCAGUUUAACCCACACGUCAUUGGCGGACAGUAAAAGCGGACAGACUCUUUCGUCCUGUUACUUAUCUUGUGAACAUCUCAUCGCUGCAUUGUCAGUAAUAUCAGCACAGCAAAAUGUUACCUAUACUAGUGGAAUGUAUUACAUUUUUAUUUUCACAUAUUCAUGGCAGCUGCCUUAGAGGGGAAUCCUAAUAUCUCAGUAGGUGAGUGGUGUUUAUUCCCAAUGUUAUUUGUAGAACGAAGCCAAACAGAAGAAGUUAUCCUGAGCCCACCACAGAUCUGCUAUCACAAUUAAAUGGUCAAAAUGCAACACAAAACCAUAAAUCAAUACGAACUCUCACAUCUUGUAAAAUUUAUUAAUGUAGGUUUAGCAGAUUUUGCACUAAAGAGAGACUUUAAGUAGUGAGGAUGACUGUAAUGUGCCAAAAUGUGCUUUUAUGUUAAAUGCUUUUAACUUCUGAAUGAAUGAAAAAGGAAAGUAAAAUAAAGGUCAUUUAAAAAUGAGUGUGAAAGAAUGAGAAUAAACGAAAUAGGUCCAGUUAAGUACUUUUAAAUGAGAUGUUUAAUGAGAUCACCCAAAAAUGAAAAUUGUCAUCAUUUACUCACCAUCAUUCCUAACACGUAUGACUUUUUUUUCUGUAUUCAUAAAUUAGAUAUUUUGAAAAAUUCCCCAGUGACAGUUAGUGGGGCACAGUGUUUUUUAGACAAAUGAGCUGUGUCUCAUUUCGUAGGCUUCAUCCUCCAGAGAUCGUAUUUGAAAGCUGUAUACGUCAUCAAGGCUGUCUCAUUUAAAAAAAGUAAGUUAGGUUGCAAAGUAAGAAAGAAAUUGCAGUAUUUUACACUUCACGAGGAAGAACGGUCAGUUUUAUUACAGUUACUUUUCUUUAAAUAAGACAUCCUUGAUGACGUCUACAGCCUUCAAAUCUGACCUCCGGAGGACGCAGCCUCUAAAAUAAGACGCAGCUAUUGACUUACAAUUAUUAUUAUUUUUUUUUUAUUUUUUUUGCAUUGUGCAGAUGGAAAUUAAAGUCAUACAGGUUUGAAAUGAUAGUGAGUAAAUGAUGACAGAAUUUUCAUUUGUGAAAUAAAAGAAUCAUCUUUUUAAUGUUUUAUUUUAGUUGAUAAUGCCACUAAUUAGCAUGGAUAUGCUGAUUACAGGAACUUGAAAGCAGCACUGAAGUAUGUUUUUCAGAAUUUUUCAUUUUUUUUUUGAGUUCUUUAUUUUAGUACCAGUAUUUUGCAUUCUUUUUGACUGAUGAGUUCUCUCUCUCUUUUUUUUUUUUUGAACGGCAUGAAUUUAAUAGAUACAGUUUUUAAUGAAGCACAUCUUGAAGUUCAACCAAAUGAUCUUCUCAUUACUGUAAAAGUCCUGAUAAAGAAGGCCUAAAGUAGGCCUAAGGCAAAAGUUCCAAACAUGUGUAAAUGUUAAUGCUAAUAACAAAUAUUAUCUCCGUUACGUUCACAUUCUUUCUUCAGUCCCCUCUGACAGUGGAUCUAUAUUUAUAAUGCUGCUGGCCAUUGCUGAAAUUCUGUUUACUGAGGAGUGGAGACUUCUCUGAAAGGUGAAGGACAGGUAUUUAAAGAAACAGCACAACCCUUCUUGUAAGACACACCUGUACGCUUACAUUGCUGUGGGGAAAUGUGAACCUGAAUGAUUUGCUUUAUGGAUUGUGUUUCCAAGUAACUCAGUUGAUUUCUGUUUUUUUUUUUUUUUGUUUUUUUUUUUGUUUUCAGGUGUCAGAACAUUUUUCAAGUGAUUACUGGCCACAGGGUAGAGAUUAGAACUUGAGUUCAAUGAUAUAUUUUAAGGUCGGAGGGUUAUUGAACAAGGUUAAAACCAUAACUCUGUGUGAUUGUACUUUCUUGCCUGUUUUCAAUGUUCUUCUCAGCUCUUGCACAAGAACACAGCUGAUGUUUUGAAUGAUAGUCAAUCAGCAAUCAGUAUGAAGGUAUAGGCUUGCUAAAGUGUAAAUAGAAACUACUUUAUAUUGGAAUUGCUUAAUACUUGAAGUAAAUGUAUGCUGCAGCUUAAGUUUGAAAUGUUUAACAAUAUUUUGCAGCAUGUCACAAGUGUAUUUAACAAUACUAUAUUACUACGUGCUGGUGCAUGGCUUGUGCGAGGUCUCUUUUUGUAUUUAAAAUGUUUUAAUAAAAAUGUUGUAACCCA